AUGGCGCAUCGCGUCCUGGACCGGGCGUUGCCGCGGUACGGCCAGCUGCUCACGCCGAAGGAGGUGGCGGCACUGCGAAACUUCACGCGGCUCUCGCUGCCGGCGCGUCAGCUCCUGGCUCGGCUGCUCACGCGGAAAUGGCCGCAGUGGGUGCCCAUGGACAACCUGGGCGCCAGGUAUCGCGAGCUGGGAGUAGCAGAGGCGCAGGCGGCCGCUGCCGAGCUGGCGGGGACUUCGGUGAGAUCGGAGGUUCCCGGCGAGGGAAGUGACUGGAGCCGGUACCUAGCAGAGCUCCCGGCGGAUCAGGAGGACCCCUCGCCCUGGCUGCUGGACACUGCGUCGGAGACCGCGGCCAGCUUGCUGCAGACCCCGCUGCCAACGAAGGAGGAGAACCUGGGCCGGCUGCUGCUGCAGGCGCUGCCGGCGGCGGAGCUGCGGCGCAUGGGCCGCGGCUUGGGCAUGGGCAACUCCAAGGGAGGCGGCCAGAGGGGCGCCAAAGGGAAGCUGCUGGCGCAAGUCUGCGAGGCCGCGAGGCAACAGCGCCCAUUGAUCGCGGAAAGCACUGAGAACUCUGAGGCCCACCUGGUCUCGGAGGCCCUGACGUUGGGUCGCCGCCUCUGCCUGGCGCCGUGCCCGGGGCGCGCCGCGCUGGGCGUCUUGUCGGAGCUCUUCCGCCUGGAGAGCUGCGGGGCGCCAGAGGUGUCCUAUGUGCUGUUCACUACGCGCUGGCCUGACUUUCCUUUCAAGGAGCCGGCGCCGCCGCUGUUCCAGGACCGCUCCUCUUUGGACGCCUUUCUGGACGCCAGGGCGCUGGUGGCCGGGCUACAGGACUUCCAGCGGCCCACCUUGGCCAGCGCGGAGGAGGACGCCCAGCGCGCGGAGGAACGUCUGCAGAAAGCGCUGGCGCUGGAGGGCAACGCCUUCGAGGCCGCCAAGUUCCAAGACCCCUUCCGGCGCCGCUUCACGGCGGCCUGGUGCUAUGCGGAGGCGCUUCACCACGCGGUGCUGGGCUCUCCGGCAGUGGGCGCACACCAAGCGCUGCAGUUGGCCAAGAUCCGGCGCUUGCGGCUUCUGCUGAGCUGCCGGCUGAGCCCCUCCAAGCGGGGCCGCUGGUAUGCGGAGUUGGCCAAGGAGCUGAGCCGCCGCGAGGGCCCGCGGGCGGCGCUGGCGCUCAGCGCCGCGGGGCUGCUGGAGGGCGCGCCCCAGGCCCCGGCGCCAGUGGAUCUCACCAGCGAUGGCGCAUCGCAGGAGGACUGUCGGCUGGAGGCUUUGCCGCGCGAUGCACGCUGGGACCUGGCGCGGAGGUGCCGGGCCUUGGCCAAGAAGUGCGACGGCCUGGGGCCUCGCUGGCGCCGAGCCCUGGACCAGGUGGCGGAUGGCGGAUGGCUGCCCGAGUUGGUUGUGCGGCUGAUCGAGGAGGAGGAGUCUGCUGCAGGGCCUAUCCGGAACCUGAGCGCCGGCAAGCUUGCGCUGCCGCAAGUGGGCGCCGGGCAUCGGCGGAUGUUUGAUGGCUUCCUCCUGGAGGAACUCACAGUGGAAGAGCUGGCAAUGCAGCACUACUUCAGCCAGGAAGGCGGCGGCUUCCAGUGUGGCGUCCACUGCGAGGGGGCUAUUCUGCGGGAUUUGUUCGCGAUCCUGCUGUUCGACCAGAUGUUCGACUGCUCGGUGGAGGGCGCGUUUGUGUCCGCCUUCCAGGACGCGCCAUUGGAUUUGGGAACUGAGGCCUUCUACCCCUCUCGCAUCACCUCGAUCGAGCGGCGCCUAGCCGAGAUCGCUAACAUGCUGCCUGGCGAGCUGGCUGCGGAAGUCACCCGCAAGAUGAUUCAGCAUCAGGGUGUGCGGCUCCGUGGCGUGCGCUGGGACCGCUACGAGGAGGGCGGCGUGUUCCUGUCAGACGCUCCGAAGCCUGAAGAUCCUGAAGGGCCAGAGGCGCAGGAUGCCACCAAAACACCGGCAACGCGGCGCUUGCUUUGUACUUCUGGCGAGGUGCCAUGCGGCGACCGCAGCCUGGGCGCCUGCGCCGGGGCGCUGGGCGGCCGCGUCCUGGCCGCGGCGCUGCGGCUGCUCUGCGAGGACUACAACUCCUCUGGGCUUCCAGACCUAUUGCUUUGGUGCUGGCACGGGGGCCGUGGCAUCCGCGCGCGCUUCGUGGAGGUGAAGAGCGAGCGGGACACGCUGGCACGGAGGCAGCGGCUUUGGCUGUGGACACUGCGGGGUGCUGGUGCGGAGGCAGAGGUCUGUCAUGUGCGCGACGGCCCGGUUCAGGAGCUUGGCAUUGGAGCUUAA